UACCUAAGCCAAAAUAUUCUCAUUUACCAAUUAAGUUAACAGAUACCCUUUAUUCUGAUAUCACCAACGAUAAAAUAUUUAUCGAUAUGAUUAAUAAGCGAGUAAUUGAAGGAAAAGAAGAAAUUGCGGAAUACCAAGCUCAAAUAGAAACCCCCUCUAAAUAA